AAGUGGAGCUGAGUAUUCAUACUAAGUUGUGAUAGAGGAGAUCUGAUCAUGUCUCUGUCACCAGAUAAAGCAUCAGAACUGAAACAGAUCAUUCAGGAUCAUUUAAUAAAGAUGGACAUCCACAGAAAAAUUCAGGACGUUCUCUCUGAGACGCUGAGGGGUGAAGGAGACCGUGGCGAGCGACCUCUCUCUGAGGAAGACCUGCUGACUGCCCUGCAGCGCCGAGGCAUCGUGGAAGACGCCAUGAGAGAGCUGAACUUCACCAAUCUAGCAGCGUCACAGACGGAUGGAGUCGCUCCAAAACCGUCUCAGACUCACAUCACUGAAACAGGCCUUACGCACCUUAAAACAGUCCACAUCAGUCCGCUGAGGAGAUACCUGUACCUGCAGGUUCUGGGGGGAAAGGCGUUCCUCGAGCAUCUCCAGGAACCGGAGCCUAUACCCGGUCAGGUCUGCUCUACCUUCACGCUUCACGUCCACUUCCGUAACCAGCGCUUCCGCACCAAACCUGUUCCCUGUGCCUGUGAACCAGACCUACAGGAGGGCUUCCUGUUAGAGGUACACAGAGACGGUCCAGGAGAUGCCAGUAGGAUGGCAGAUGCCACCACCAUGUUGUCGAUAUGUGACCCUGUACACAUGGUGUUGAUAAAGACCGACACUUGGGGAGAGACGACGCUCAUUUCCUCUUAUUUCUUGGACUGGAUAUCCGUGCUCAGCGCCCCCAGCGGGAGGACGUCGGUGUCUGUGGAACUGCUCGGUGUUGGCAGUGAGUGUAAAGUACCCGCUGGUGUUCUGAACCUGAAGCUGGAGAUGUACCCACCUCUCACUGAAACUCUGAGUCCUGAAGUCAUUAGCACACAGCAAUCGCUGGAGCGUCAGAAGACGGCGGAGAAGGAGCGUCUGUUUCUGGUUUAUGCUAAGCAGUGGUGGAGAGAGUUCUUAGAUAUACGACCGUCUCACCAGUCCAAGCUGGUCAAGAUUUUCGCUCAGGAUGAGAACGGUGUGAACCGGUCGGUGUGUUCAUAUGUGCGAGUGCUGCGCGCCGGGCGCUUGUUGGAAACCCCCCGUCAGGCGGCUCGUUUCGUGAGUCUGUUGGCGCAGGAGAAAGCGCCUGUACUGGGGGGAGGGACGCGGCACGAGCAGUGGUGCACCACGAUGGCCUUCCUGUGUAGAAAUAAGGGUGAUUGUGAGGACCAUUCCACUCUACUCUGCAGUCUGCUCCUGGGCUUUGGCCUAGACGCCUACGUGUGUGUGGGCACCAAAGGCAAAAACGUGCCACACACCUGGGUGAUGACCUGUGGGACGGAUGGCACUGUGACGUUCUGGGAGUGUCUGACUGCACACAGGUUUCUGCACCAGCCGAUAGACCCCGACGCCCCUCCGCUGGCCCCUCGGCCCAAAUCGUCGUACCCGUACCGCACCGUCGGCUGCGUUUUCAACCACAGAUCUUUCCUGGCGAACUGCCAGCCCUCGGACUCGGUGGAGCUGUGCGUCUUCGACUUAGCCGACGCGUCCCGCUGGAAGGCCAUGAGCGAGGAGGCCUUGCGCUCGGUCUGCGCCCCCGGCUCCACCACCUCUCUCCCUCCUACGCCUCCUCUUCGCCCCCCGUCUGUCAACGACUCUGAGGCCAGUAACCAGCUGGAGCUGGAGCUGCGCUGUCUGCUGGCAGAACACAGGAAGGAUCUGGGUCUGGCUACAGUGUGGGACGAUCACCUGUCCUAUCUGCUCUCGUCCGCGCUGGCGGCCUACGAGCUGGAGCGCUGUACGGGUGUGUCGUGCGGAAACGAGGAGUUUCAGGACGCCGUCCGGAGAGCGGUCCCCGACGGUCACACCUUUAAAGGCUUUCCUAUUCAUUUCCUGCACCGCAACGCCCGCCGAGCCUUCGCUACCUCGCUCAGGUCACCGUUUUGCGAGGAGGUCGUGUGUUGCCGUGGAGACCACGUACGGCUGGCGGUGCGAGUGCGGGUGUUCGCCUACUGCGAGUCGGCCUGUGCGGUCUGGAUCAUGUUCGCCUGCAAGUACAAAUUAGUGCUGUGAGCUGUGAGCAGCGAUAAACACGCCGUGUGUUAGGGUCACGCCUUUAUCAGAACGAUUUUUGCUGUGUGUAAGUGUGUGUUGUUUAUAUGUGUGAGGACUUUUGUAAUUGUGUUUAUAUGUUGUAAAUAAAGAGAAAUGUUUUAGAUAAAUAA